CUCUCUCUCUCUCUCUCUCUCUCUCUCUCUCUCUCUCUCUCUCUCCCCACAGCCACAAAAGCUACUGGAACCCCACUAUUAUACUCCAAUCUCCUCCUCCUCCUCUGCCAAAAGCCAUGUUUGAGGACUCUGUUGUAUCCGCCCUGCCCUCAAUUUGGGCCUCCAUGAACAGCUGGCUAACCCCAACUGUUCUCUUCGUCCUCCUCAACCUCAUGAUUGGCACCAUCGCCAUUGCCUCCAGCUUAGGCACCCAGAAGCACCACGACCAAGACCCACACAACCAACACGAACACCAACACCAUCAAGGCUUGGUAAGAUCUGCCUCUGUUUUGCAGCGCUUCAAAUCCAUCAACUUCUACUCCUACAGAUCUCAAGAGCCCACCACGAACUCUGAAAAGGCCCCUGAUUCCGACACCCAUGAAGUCGAAGAGCUCAAACUCGUCAGAUCUCCUUCCAUCUUGCAGCGUCUCCAGUCCAUCAAGUUCCAGUUCCACUUCCCCAGAGAGCCUAUCCCUCAACAGCCCCGAGACUUCGUACUUCCGGAACCGGAAACCGAAGCGCAUUACGCUUCUUACGACCACUCUCCUGAAGACGAAUCUUCCGAACAUGAAGAAGACGAAUCUUCCGAACAUGAAGAAGCCGAAGCCGAAGAGAUGGAGCUGGAUGAAGACCAGUUCGGAACCCAGGAAGACGAAGCGGAAGACCAGACGCUGGACGAGAUUUACCGCCAGCUACAGCAAGAGCACCACGUCAGCAGGACAACCUCCGACACCAUGCCGGCAUCCGGCGAGGUGCCCGCGAAGCUGCCGAAGAAGAUGAAGAAGUCGGCGAGCGCCAAGUCGGCAUUUGGUCACUUCGCGGCGCAGGAAAUCGUGGAGAGCCGCAGGCCGGCGACGGUGAGGGAUAAGAAGGCGAAGAAGGCGGAUCAUGAGGACGAUGAGGAGGUGGAUGCGAAAGCCGAUGACUUCAUCAACAGGUUCAAGCAACAGCUCAAGCUGCAGAGGAUCGACUCGAUCAUUAGGUACAAGGACAUGAUCAGCAGAGGCAGCGACAAGUGAUUAUCAUUCUUGCAAGCAAACUGGGAAGUUAUUAUUUACUGGGUUUUUGAUUAAAUUUCGUGUUGGUUUUGGGGAAGAAGAAGAUGAUUUCUUUAAGAUUUUUAUUAGCAGGAGUUCUUGAAUGUAAUCAUUGUAAUGUAGAUCUACUAGUCUCUCACCACUGCUGCUAGCUGCUGCAGCGGUUAUUUUUGUUUGUUCAGAUAUGCCCUUUGUUAUGUGUUCUAUUUACGGUUGGCCGCCCUUCGUUCGUGAGGGGGUAUCUGGGUAAUUUGAAUGAAUGAUCUGCGUCUCUUUUGUGAACGGUUAGCUGGAGGGGGUGGAGUGUGUCGCAGAGUGAGAUUAUAAGCUGGAAUUGCUCACAGUCCACAAGAAUUUUCCAGAUUUUCUUUUUGUUUACGAGUCGGUGGGGUAAUUGGGUCUAAUCACUACGUUGGAUUUCGCUAUCGCCGAGCUUAUCCGUAUCUGAAGGAGGAUUGGUCGUGUUCCACGUAGGGGGUAUUGUUGUGAUACUCAUAGCAACACCGAUUGGCAUACGACAGUGUGUCGUAUGACUUGCUGCUUCUUCGUCUUCUGAAAUUUUGCAUCUCUAUUUGUUAGGACUAAAAAGACUGUUAAAUAAGAAGUUCAGUUUGGUUAGUACCAUAUUUGGUGUCAGAAUUUAGUUUCUUUAUUUAGAUUUAUGUUGUUUGUAUUUGUUUGGAUGAUUUCUAACUAUUUGAUUGAAUAUAAUCUAAAAUCGUCAUAUCAUCUUUAUG